AUGAAAAUAAGUGUAUUCACUUUAAAUAUAUGGUACAUACCUACUUACUUAAAUUUAUUUAUUAAUUUAAAAUUAAUAUUUAUUAUUGUGAAUAUUUUUAUUUUAGGGGUUUGAAAUUUUUUGGUACAAAUCGUACUGAACGAGUAAAAGCAUUGGCCAAAUGUUUGAUAAACAAUGGAUACGAUAUUGUUUGCUUGCAAGAAUUAUGGUGUCAAGAAGAUUUUAAUUAUCUGAGGCAGUCUUGUGAACAAAUAUUUAAAUAUAUACAUUAUUUCUAUAGGUAGGUAGCUAUUUUAAUGUUUCCACACAAAAGUUAUUUUAAUAAUGUACCUAUUGUAUUGGCAAUGCAAAUCACAUUAUCUACACUACAUCUAUAAGUAAUACAAUUUACUAAAUAUUUUAUUAACAUAAUAUAUUAUUUAUAAAUAGUAUUGUAGCAAAACCAAUUGUUAUAAAUAUUAAAAGAAAAAAAUGUAUAUACUUAAUAUAAUCAGAUGUGUAAAAAAAAAUGUUAAAAUAAUAAUUAUAGUUAGUUACAUACUAACUAUAAUUAUAAUUUCUCGGCCGGUUUCAAAACUAUUUUUAUAUUAUGAUUGUGAUAUACCUGUAAUUCGUAUAAUACACUUAUCAUAAUACUCCAGGCAACACAUUAAUUAUUUAUUUCUAUAUAUAUAUUUUUUAUUUAUAUAAAUUUACGAGUAUUACCCCCAAUUGAAUAAUUUUGUUUUUGAUUUAUUAUUUAUAAUUUCUUCUUAAAUAAAUAAUUAAAAAUAAUAUGAACUUAAUAAUGUAAAUAAAGUGAUGUGUUAUAUUAUGUGUUGUCUGACAAUAGUGUAGGUAUUAAAAUAAAACCAUUGAUUAUAAAUAUUAUAGCUAGCCUAAAACUAUAAUGUAGUUUUAAACAAAGUUAAUUUUACUAAAUACCAUAAAUACUGAUAAUACCUAAUUAAAGCAAUAGUGGAUCUAAUAUAAGCAUACGUUCAGAAGGGGGGGUUGUACUAAUCCAUCAUUUUAAAUUGAAAUAUUUAUAUUUUGGCUGUAAUUUAAUAGAAUGUUUUAAAAAAAAUAUUUAUUGUUUACAAAAUUAAUAAACUCUUUAAAUUUAAUUUAAAUUGGUAAAUAUUAUCUAUGUAUAACAAUAUUGUAUUAAAAUAUAUUGCAUGUAUAACUUAUUCAUAACUAACACUAAUUAAUUUUAUUAUAUUUUAAGUGGCAUGUUGGGUUCAGGAAUGUGCAUUAUGUCUCGUUAUCCAAUAAUUGAUAUCCAUUAUCACCCAUUUCGUUUAAAUGGUUAUUUACAUAUGCUAUAUCACGGAGACUGGUUUGGUGGGAAAGGCAUUGGUCUGUGUCGUAUCAAUGUAGAUGGUUUCAUUGUUGAUGUAUACACAACACAUGUAAUUUUUUUUAUUUAUGGAUCUGUUAAUCUUCAGUAAGCCGUACAGGUAGAAAAUUACCCAUAAUUGAUAUUAUAUCAGUUAUUUGUAAAUUAUUAAAUGUAAUUAAUGGUUACUAAAUACAAACAAACAAAAUACAUAGGUAAUAGUUAGUAAAAACUAUAAUAUUAAAACAUUUCAAAAAAAUUGGUGUGAUUUUUUUUUUUUUGUACGGACUACUAAGGGUUAUAUAAAAUUAUAUCCAUUAAUGUUUAUGAUUAUUAAAUAUACCAUUAAAUUAUAACUAUGGAACCUAAUGUUCAACAAUUUGUUCACUUCAAUAGUCAUAUUAAGUAGGGUCUAUUUAAAUGUGUAUUUGAUUUUUAAUAUGUAUGCAAUUUUCAGUUACACGCUUGUUAUGAUACUUCGGAAGAUAAAUAUGUAAAGCAUCGAAUUGUUCAAGCUUUUGAAUCAGCAAAUUUCAUACGUAUUACAUCAACUGGUUCUGAUUUAGCUGUCCUAGCUGGUGAUUUUAAUUCUGAACCUGAUGAUAUUUGUUACAAAUUAAUAUCUCUGGGUGCAAACAUGAAGGAUUGUUACUCAUCUGUAAUAUUGCUUAUAAUAACAUUAUAUUUUAUUUGGCAAGAUUUUUGUUCUCUAUUUUUAUAUUUUUAAUUUGUAUGUUUUCAGUGUUUAACAAAUGACAUAGAAUACACUUAUAAUCAUCCAAAUAAUUCUUACAGAAAUCUAAAGGAAAAUAAAACUCGUUUGGAUUACAUAAUGUACAAGUUUAAUAAAAAUAAUUUAGUAAGUCAAAUUAUAAAUAUAAUGUUUGUUAUUAGUUAUAAGUACUUAUAGCCUAUUUAUAAAUAAUGUCUAUACUACAUAAAAUACAGUUUGCCAUACAAAAUAUCUUGAUGAAGUCUGAUAUACCAAAUUUAUCAUUAUAUGUAAUUUUUUUUUCGUGAAAAUGUAUUUAUACAAUUUGAGUACAUAAGCAUUAAUUAUUAACAUGUUAAAUAUUUAGGUAAUUGUAAAAGAACAUAAACAUUCAUUACCAUUCCUUGUUCCUGGAGAAACAUAUAGUUAUUCAGAUCAUGAACCAAUUGAAGCAGUUUUUGAGAUAUCAGCCGAUAAAUUUUAUUCUGACAGAAAAAUUGAUGCAAAUAAUGGUAAUAAUUUAUUACAUGUUUUAAAUAUGUAUAUACAUAAUUAAUGUAUAAUUAUUAUACAUAUUAUUAAUGUUUAAUUUUUUUCAGAUUCACAGUAUAAGACUGAUCUACAAACUAUUUUAAAUGUUUCUCUUGACAUAUGCAAUAAAAAGAGAGAAAAUUUAAUUCCAUUACGACUUGUAUUUUUAUUUUUUUUAAUGAUAAUUAUCUGUUAUCAAAUAUCUAUGUAUUUAGGUAUUAAUGAGUAUUAUAUGUGUGCGAUUGUUUUGAUAAUUUUUAUAAUAAUAAUAGUUUAUAAUUCAAUUACUAUAUCCACAGAAGAAAAUUGUGUUCGUGGCUUUUAUCAUGAAAUAGAAACAUUAUUUUUUGAUGAUAAAAGUAUUCUUAUUUCUCCAUAAUAAUUGUGUAUUACUAUUUUCGUUAAUAUUGUGCCAUUAUUGUUAUUCUAUAAAAAUAUUUUAGUAUUAUCUAGUGUUAAUAUUAUGUAUAAGACUUAAAGUAUUAAUAUCAGAAAAAUACUUUUUUAAACAAUGAUUAAACUUAGCACUUAGGUGAAGAGGUUACUAUGAAGAAUUGAAGUUAUUAUGGACAGAGAGGAGUAGAGGAACAUUUCAUAAAUGAACCAACCUAUGGAUUGAAAAAAAAAAAAUUAUGUAUUAAAUACUAAAUAGUAUUAAAUCACUUAUUUGUCAAAAUAUUUUAUUCGCAUUAUUAUUUUAGUUUUUCAUUAAUAAAUAAAAUUUUAUUUGUUCUUAAAUUAUAGUCAUUAUUCAAAAAGUGUUUAUUUUAAAAUUAUUUGUCAAUAUAUAAUAGUGUGUAUUUAGUUUUUCGUUUGUUUUAAGUAUGUUUGUAAGUAGGUAUAUAAAUGUUUAUAGAAACAGCUGAUAAAUAAAGCUCAAAGUUAAACUUUUAACUUAACUAUUAUUUAUUCUUAGAUUUAAAUGGUUUCUACUUCAUUCCAUUGUUAAUUUAAUAAACUAUUUUACAAAAGUAGAUAUAUUUUUAUAUACUUAAAAUAUAUUUUUUUUUAUUAAUUUAUAUAAUUUUUAGUAUUAUGAUAGAUUUAAUUGGUCUUUUAAAUGUAUAGUAAAUACUAAUUUUAUGAAGGGGUUGGGUUCCUGAAAAACAAUGUUAACCAGAAGUUAAUUACUCUCCUACUCAAACUUACAAGUAGAAUAUCUCGUCUAUGGAUCGACAGAAAUCAAAAAUUUCAACACUAAAAUUUAUUUUAAAUAAUACUACAAUAACAAAUAUACUCUAUUUAUGGAAUUUUUAAUAUAGGUUGUCAUUUGAGAUUUAAAAUUAGGUAGUUGUUUCAAAAAAGUAAAUACUAUCGGAGAUAUUGAGUGUACCUACUUAAAUGAAUCACUCUGUACAAUUCGACAGUGACCGUGAUGGAUAACAGAGAGUAACAGUUAAAUAAUUUUUCGUUUAUUUUGGAAAUUUUGUUCUGCUUACUUUUUAAAAAUAAUAUCGCUUAAUUGGUUGCAUUCUGAGAGAAUGGCAUAAUGUACUCAUUUGUUGGCAUUUCCCAUCAUUGCGAAGUGUUUAAGAUUGAAGGGAGCCGUAAAUAAACAAAAUUGUUGGUUUUACGCCCAUAAAAACUCUCAAUUAAUCCACGAACAACUUAAAAACUAACGCUCAACAAUCAAUGACUUUAGGGCUAGAAUUUUUGCGAAAACAAUCAUUGGACCGUUCUUUUUCAAAGGAGACGCUGGAGUAGCCGUAUCCAUCAAUGAACAACAUUAUCGGGCCAUGAUAAUGGAUAUUUUGAUUCCAUUUUCGACUGGUAACAGCAUGAACGGCUAUUGAUUUCAACAAGACGGCUUCACAACUUAUACAGCUCGAGCCAUGAUCGCUUUAUUAAAUCCUUUGUUCCUCGAACGCUUAAUUUCAAAAAUAUGGUGAUUUCAACUGGUCUCUGCGAUUGCCCGACUUUUUGCCUCCAGACUUUUUCCUGUGGGGUUAUUUGAAGUUUAGAUUUUACUCAACCUGAACCUAACCAUGGACCUUAGAAGCGUUAAAAGAUAAUAUAUUACAGGAAAUGGCCGCUAUUCACCCGGAAAUACUUCGAAAAGUGAUGGGAAAUGUCAAAAACUAGCACAUUACACCAUUCACUCUGAAGACGACCAUUUACGCGAUAUUAUUUUUAAAAAGUAAUCAGAACAAAUUGCCAUGUCUAAAAUAAACGAAAAAUGAUUAAAAAUUAAUUAUUUGUCUGGUUUUUUUUUAAAAUUAUUACCAAAAAACAUCCCGAAGGUUUAAAUGGUUGAAAGAUUUAAACCCACCAUGUACUUAUGAAUAAAGUAUUUAUUUUAAAUACAUAAUUAAUAUGAAUCUUAAUUGUUUUCUAAUAUACGUUGUCUAUAAAUGAAAGUUAAACAAUUUAAAGAUUUUACUUAUAAACCUAAUUAAAUUAUUUGCUAUUAUGCUAUUGAUAGCAUAGGUGGAUCUAGGGGGGGCUGACUAAUCCUUCCAAGUUUUCUAUAAGUCCCCCCAAAUGUAUACUAGUAAAAGUCUAAAAGCCAUCAAGACGUUUAGGUAAAAAUCCGAGUUAAAAGAAUGAUUAUUCAACGAGAUAAUGAGAGUUGAUAAAUAGCCGUGUAACGUCAUAGAGCUGACGAGUGAACAGCCGCCUGUUUUACGUGUAAAAGUAGCUUGAUUAUAAAUUUUAAUUGACACAAUUAUAUACAUACGAAACGAUAGUAUUUCAGAAUAGUUAAUGUUUUUGCCUGCACGUAGCUAUUAAUUAAGGAGUAACAUUUAGGCAAUUUCUAUUCACGUCGACGGUGGCCGGGAUCUUUGUUUUAUUCGCGAACGAUUAUUAGUGUGAGUAAGCUUCUAUGCGUGUACCGCCACGGCGACUCCACCACCUUCCCCGACGAAGUAAAACAGGUUUACUGUUUAUUUUUGCACAUAAUCGAUUAAAUUCACUGCCACCUUUCCCACCGUAAAUCUAUCGCCGCGUGCCUCAUCGUUAUUGCAAAUUGAUUUAUAGCAAGAUUAUUAAUAUAAAAUUAUAGUUGUCCAUCCGUUCGUCCCUCGAACGAGAUGACGACUUUUGGAUGGCUAAAAUGGAAAAUCAGUUCAGACAUUUUUACAAAAAUUAUUUACAAACCGAAAUAGUGCAAUCCGGAAUAAUAACAUAAAAUGUAUCAAUUAAUUUGUAUGUAAAUUAUUUAUACGUAACAGUAUACAUAAAUUAUUUAUAACGUAAAAAGGAAUCUAUUGGUUUUACUAUGUGAGCAUAUAUAUUUUUUUUUAUUUUUGAUGUCUGUGGAAAACUUUUUUACCAAAAAAAUUGCUCUUGAGCAUAAACUAAAGCACCUUUUUUCAAAGUUAAUUAUCUUUCAUUGAUGCGUUGUGGAGGUCGUUUUUUGAUUUUCCAAAGUUUUUCGAAAUAAUUAGGAAAAACCCGAAGGCCAAAUGAAAACUUCGUAAAACGGGAAAUAUUUACGACGCGCCGCGGCGUUACCGUUCGUUGUUUUUAUUAUGUUAACACGAUGUUUUCUACCAGAAAAAUAGCUCUAUUCCAAAAAUAACAAGAGAUCUUUCUUUUCAUUAUUCCCUAAAAAGUAAGUCAACUUUUUAUAUCUCGUGUAUUUUUUAUAAUAAUUGGGAAAAACCAAAAAAGGCGAAAUAUACGAUUUUUUUUCAAAUUACGGCACAUUCGUACCUGGGGAUCAAAAAAAAAAAUUAGUUUAAUGUACUAUUUUGUACUUAUAAUGUUUUAUAAUGAUGUUUUUUUUUUUUUUUUUUAACGUGAACAUUUUUUCUACUAGAAAGUAUACUCCGAUUAUCAAGAAUAGCACUUUUUUUGAAAUAAAAUUUUCUCUGGGUGGUACUUUAAAGUGGUAAUUUUUUUAAAUUCUCAUUAAUAUUUGAGAUAAUGAGGAAAACUUUGGUCUUUAGAUUAAAAAAGAUCGACAGAUUAAAAAUAAGGUUGUCAUUGGUAACUGUUUUUAUUUAUUUUUUGUUGUUAUUAAGUUUUUAUUAUUUUAAUCUUUUUUAAACAAUCAUUUUUGUCAUGGAAACCACAUUGUUUUAAUCAUUUUACCAUAAUAUGACAUAAUACCAUAUAUUGUAUUGUUGACAAAGCCACAUUAUCAACUGAACUCGGCUCAGAAUCGUUUUUCGUUAGCAAUGAUUAAUCGUUGCUUACAGAUACAUUAUAAAUUCUCCUCUAUAUUUUACUUUUCCAACCUCUGACAUACAAUAGUGACCCACCUAUCUUACGAAGUAUGUCUGUUUGUUUAUACAUUUGAAAUUCUUAUGAUUUAAUACAAAUUUGUAUCAAAUCCAAUUUCUUAUAUCUAGUUUCCGAACAAAUAUGCAAAUUCAUACAAUUUUGAGCUCUGCUUAUAAGUAAUUUUGCUAUGUUGACCGUUAAUUGGACUGAGACUGUAAAUACGGAUAUCACGUUUUCCUAAUUUAAUUAAUUUGCAUAGGGGUGAAUUUCAUCAAUCACCACGCAACACCUAACCUGACUCCAGACGACAGAACUACCUUCGAUCUUCCCGCUUAAUGUCUGUCUAUCUACUAAUGAAUAUUUAUUAUUUUAAUUUAUAUUCUAAACAUAACUUUUUAAUGUAUUUACUUAUAAUAUGAGAAUAUUAUUACGGGUGUAUACAAAUAUUAUUUUGUAAAACGUACAGAAUUUACCUACCUGUACCUAUACAGUUAUAGUAGGUACCUACCUAGACAUAUUUGGAAAUGAUUGUAUGAUUAUACAAUGUAUACAAAACAAAAUAAAUUGCAUAGUUAAUUAAAACGUAUUAUAUACCUAGGUUUAUUUCUAACAAAUUAUAGUUAUUGUAUAUGAAAACAAUUAUUUACAUACCUACGGGUUUAAACUAAGGUUAUGAGAAUUUUUACUCUAAAACUAUAGUUAUAUCAUGACCUCAUGACGUACAUAGAUAUAAACUUAUUUUAAACAACAAACCAGUGCAUGACUAUAUACAUAGAAUUGCGUCUAUAGCACUGUCAUAGACGUAUUUAUGGGGAUUUGGAAAAUUUGGCCAUGGCCAGACUGACGAAAUAUUGUAUUUAAUUUUUUAAAACUUACAAAUACAUUUUUAAUUUUGAGGUAAUUUUUACAUAAUACAAAUGAGUAUUUUAAUGUUAGUAAAAAAAUUAAAAAUAAAAAAAAAAGUAACACCAAAGUUAUUAAAAUAGUUAAUACUCGUAAAUAAAUAUGUCAAUAACAAAUGUAUAUAUGACAAUAAAAUAAAUGAAUGAAUGUGUCGCCUGUAGUAUUAUGACAAGUGUGUUAUACGAUCGGUUUCGAAUUAAAAAUUCAUCAUCAGGUAUAUCACAGUCAAAAUGUAAAACGUAACUCAUUUAUUUAUUUUAUUUUUCUGUAUACAUUUUUAUUUAUUUAUUUACUGUAUUUAAAUAAAAAUAAAAUAAAAUAUUCAUGACAUCCUCCCAAAAGUUGGCAACUGUAAUUUCCAGUUGGUAAAUUAUAACUAUUCACAAGACCUAUAAUACCUAAAAUUUUAAUAUUUUAGAUUCUGAGUGGAGUGAAGAAACUUUAAAUUUUACAAAGAUGUUUAUUUAUUUUUAGUUUUUUUUUUUGGACAACUUUUCUAUCAGAAAAUUUGCCCUAAUUUUUACGUAUUUAAGUAUUUUCUCUUUUCCUCCGUAAAAAUUAUUUUUUUGUGUUAAACUAAUGAUUUAUAUUAUUAACUUUCAAUAAUUUUCUUACUUCUUGAUAUCCAUCUCAAGCCAUUUCUCUCUUGCAUUAUUUGUUUUUCUAUUUAUUUUGAUUUUUAAGUACUCUAUAUCUUAUUCCUCGGUUGUCUUUGAAGUUUUAUACUUUCUCCCUUCUUAAAUAUCCUAUGUAGUAUUAUUACUGAUCCAACGAUUUUUUGAGAUUCGGCGUAUUUAUUUUUAGAGACUUAUUAGCUUAUUACUUGUGCGUUGAAAGUGAAUAUAACGUUUAAAAUUGAAUAACAUUUAAACUAGAUGAAAACUACUUUUAUCUCUACAUGACUAUACACAUAGUCUAUACAUAUACUAUACAUAUAAUAUGUCUGUAUUUUUCUUUAGCGUAUAAGUAUCUAGGCGAUAGAAAUUCGCUUGAUAAAUACACGAAUUGUUCUCAGCAUUUCACGCAAACACUUGGGUUCUUUUAUAAUAUAAUAUUGACAGGUAUUUGAUGAUCGCCAGUAUCACGAGUAAAACACAAAAAAAAGGUAUUCAGAUAGUUAAGAAUGUAGGGAUCUACGUACAAAGGAGCUUAUCAGAGUGAAGAAUACAUUAAGUUUUUGUUUUUUUUAUAAUAGCCGACAAAAAGGGCCGAGUUCAGAAAAAAAAAAAAAACGUUAUAGAAACAAAAAAACAAUUCAAAAACGGGACCGGCGACUGACAUGACGACGACGGUGUCGUCGCACCCCCGCCGUUCCGUGUCCCGGUCACGGUGGUAUAACAAUCCACACCUGCCGAACGACGGCGGCGGCCCAUUGGUUCCCAAGAUGUGGGCCUCAAGGUCCCCGGAUGGCGGGUCGCGGGGAGGGGGGGAGAACCGUUGUCGACGACGGAGCAUCGCCGCCGUACACGCUUUAACAACGUAACUGACUUUACACCACAAUCGGCGCGAGAAAGCGUCAACGAUUGGGCGAGUCGGGACGCGACUGCCGAGGAGCGGAAACCGAAUGAAACAAAGUCGGCGGAGAACCGCCGGUCCGGCCCGGACGCGUAUAAUAAUACACGUUACUAUUUCAGACCGCGUGCGUGCGCCGCCGCGUUUUAUAGUAAUAUUAUAAUAACAGCGGCGUGCCUCCUCGCUGCCGACAACCAGUUUUUGGGUUCAACAAGUUUGUCGGAGUAGGUACGCGCACGGAACACGGCCGCGCGCCGCUUACUAGUAUCCCGGCCGUCGAGCAGCGUACUACGGGCCACGGUUACGCCGCCGCUGUCGCGUACCUCGCUCCCACCACCGGCCGCACCGUCGCCACUUGCCGCCGCCACCACCGCUGA